UAAACAAGGUUGUCGUUGUCAACGUAUAGGUUUGGUUAGUUUUAUAAUGUAAACAUUAACAUGUUUAUGUCAGUUUUGUACAUCUUUAACUUUAGAGUAAUAAUGUCUUUUCUAGAAGUUAAGUUAACUUUUCCAACAAUAUUCUGUUGUACUUUCUGAUUUUAAGCAUAAACAAGAAACAUGUUUAGUAGCAAGAAACUUCAUGCUGACGUUAAAAAGUCAACACAAAAAAUUCAAGACGUUAAAAAGGAAUCACCAACUCGUUUUAAGCAUUUAAGGAUCAUUUUAGAAAAUGUGGAUACUGAAGAGGCUAAAACGUUUUUUGACACUAACUUUAGCCACAUAUAUUAUAUCUUUUAUGACAAUUUCAUAAUCGCCGAAACAAACUUAAAACAAAAAGAACUACCGUUUCACUUAGUACACAAGGCCCACAGAGAGGAGCUGGAGGCAGUGUUGUUGAUGCUAGACAAGAUCCUCAUCUUCUGUCCAGAACUUGUCUCCCGCAGAUGGCAACUUCACAGUCUCACUCGCAUCCUCACUAAACUGCUGCAUCCGGGCAAUUCAUGGAAACUGCGACGGGAAGCGAUCAGAUUUUUCCUUCUCUGGUACCAAGCACUAGGAGACAACAGUCCGGACUCUGUUCAUGCCAUGUUUGCCACCUUGGUGCCUGGCUUCCCGAGCUGCUUUCCGGAACAUCCAGGAUUGUCUGGCCUCUCCAGCCUUUCCUCAGCCACGGUGUUUCAUGAUGUUGCUCAGGGUCCCAUCAGCCCUGCAGAGAUCCAGCCUAUAUUUCUCCCUCAAGGUGGAGAGAAACAACCAGAAGAACAUAUGAAAUUUUUCCUGGACGCUCUAUUAGAAUUUAUGGUUACACAAGUUUCAAGACUAGAGUGGCGAGACAAAGUCUACAAGCAACAUAAAUGCUUUAUGUUUUUGUUUGAGCGUUUCAAGAUGUAUUACCUGCCUCAUAUGUUCCCCACAUUUUCAUCGGCAACUAGUCUCUACAAGCCUGUUCUAGAUUUAACUUUGUUAAGACCUCGUUUUACAAGUGAAGAAAGGAAAAGAGUAGAACCAUUUAUCAACUGCCGAGUGGCAUUUAUUAAAUGGAUUGCCAAUUUUACUCACUCAACAAAAAAGGAUCAGUUGAUUCAGCCAGUAGCUCGAUCUGCAAGCAUAACCCCCAGUGAAAGUGAAGGAGAGCGUUCACCUAACUCUGAGCUUCGCCGAGUGAGUGUUGGUGCUAACCUGACGCCAGGCAGCAGUGUUGUCACCUCUAUGGAUGAGUCUUCAUCUCUUACACCAUUCAUACCUCACAGUGAUUAUUAUUUAAGUGAGGAUCCCAAUAUAACAGCCAUCAACAUUGUGAGGGACGUACUGUACGGCACCAGAGAGAACGUCAACAUGAUCCACGAGGUGUACCGUCAGGCGUUCCUGCUCAACUUCACCUACUCCCCAGCCAUCAGGAGGGCCAUAACAGUCUACAAGGACUGGAUACAGAUGAAUGUUCCUGAACUGCCACCUUUCAUGCUGGAACCUUUGGACAGUCAACGGACUUCUACUGAAUACACCAACAUGGAGUCACCAGAUGAAGUUGGAAGGCAGAAUAGGCUAAGAAAUGACUCGUACAUUGGAGCGAUAAACAAAGAAAAUCUUUUGGUGCGAGCUGGUCUACAGAACGUUCUCCAAGUAUUCAUCACUCAUGCCGCUAAUGUGUUCUUGCUGGAGAUUAGCCAAGAGUUCCCUGUGCUACUGGAGGAGCAGGUGGACACUUGCAAGAGGGUCCUCAACAUCUACCGCUACAUGGUCAUGCAUACUCACAUGGAGGCCAAGACUUGGGAACAACUGCUCUUAGUUCUUCUACAGAUCACAUCUUUAAUUCUAAGCAAAGCCCCACCAAAAAGGAAGGAAGAAACUCUUGGAGGCAAAUUGGCUCCUGCCAUUUUUCAGACCCUGAUAGUGACUUGGAUUAAGGCCAACUUGAACGUGGUUAUCUCUUCCGAGUUGUGGGACCAGUUUCUGGCUGUACUCAGCUCUCUAACUCAGUGGGAAGAACUAAUUAGAGAAUGGGCUAAAACUCUGGACACGUUGACAAGAGUUCUUGCCCGUCAUGUUUACAACCUGGACCUCAAUGACUUGCCACUGGAUAGACUGAGUGAACAGAAGACCAAGCGGCAGAGACGAAGUGGCUCAGGUCCUCGAGGCUCUGCAGGCCAGCCUCGAGAUACAGAGCAACACAAGCACACCACCAACACCGACACUGACACCACCACAGACUCAGGGAAUGUGUCAGUGACAAUGAAGAGCUGUGAGUCUUGGCCUGUGUUGCGGAGGACGUGUAGUGAGUCAACCAUCAGCUGGGCUAGGAGACGACGGUCCUGCAGACGACACCAUCACCAUCACCACUCCUCCAACACCAACACCACUCAUAUCCCAGUAUUAUCAUUGGGAGUGGAACAAGAAGUGGCAAGAAUCAUUGCUGGAGCCAGACCAAGAUCAAAGUUAAAUGGAAGAUCACGUUCCAUGGACUCCAUCAUGCACCUUUCAGCAGGUGACGCAAGUGGCUUCUUUGAUGGAGAGUUGAGCAGAUCUCCCUCUCCAGCCCCCUCUAGUGGUGUGGAGAGCAACUCUUUCAAGGAAUCACCAAUGCAGAUAGAUAUGCUGAACUCAGAUAGCACUAACAUGGACCUGGUGGAUGGAGACAGACGCUCAGUAAUGUCUGGUGGCUCGGUGAGAGGUUGGCUGCCUGAUGUGGCUGUAGUGUUGUGGCGCAGAAUGUUGGGGGCUUUGGGGGACAUUAACUCCAUCAGAGAUCCAAACCUACACGCUCAGGUCUUCCAAUACCUAGUUGAGCUUGUCGACACUCUGGCUAAGAUAAAGCUGAACCAAGGUGUCCCGGGGGACAACCAGACGACUCCCCCUCUACCUGAGCUGGUCCCCCCCAUCACUCUGAUUGCCCCAUGGUGCUUUCAGGCAUUAACUCUACCAGAUGCCUUCAAUAGAGGGAAGCUGUUUGCCUACAGACUAUUGUGUAACAUGGUGUUGUCUAGCCAUGAUCUACCACUGCCCCCUGGGCUACUAACUCAGUUCUACAGAGUCAUACACCUAGCACUCACCUGUAGUGAUCAGCAUACCUUGAACACUGUUGUUCGCUACUGUGGUCCACGGUUCUUUUCACUGCAACUCCCAGGAUUUUCCUUACUUUUAUUGGAUUUCAUCCAUGCUUGCAAUGCUGUAAUUUGCUGUCCGGAUCUGAGAACGACUCCCAGAACAGAAGCAAUGUCUAUCCUGGGGUCAUUCUUGAGUUUUCCUCAAGUACUUUUUCAAAUGCCAAUGCUUCAACCAACAGCCAAAGAUUUCACUGCUAGACCAGCUACCGAUGCAAAGGAACACGUUGUGAAGAUGUUACUGCGCAGUGGCAAGACAGAGAGCGCUGGAGUCGCUCGGUGUAUUGCGUUUUCAAGCCUUGGUAUCUUCGUAUACAAGCAACUGUGUCAGAUUACCUCCUCUCCAGCCCAUCACAAGAUAAAGGAAGCCAUCAACACGCUACUUCUAGCCUUGAGGUUCAAUCACAAGACAGUGGCCCAAGUUGCAUCAGACGUUCUACUGCUGCUCACUGACCAUUCUCAAGUGCUACUCAAAUACUACCCAGAAAUACCACCUCGGAUUGUUGAGGUGUUGGCCAGCACACUGUCACACCUGAUGCCUGUGGGAGACUCAGACAAGCGGUUGUUGACGUCACUGGUGUUUUGUUUGGGAGAGUGGACCAUGAGGCUGUCUCCUCAAACCCUGCUCACAACCAAAAAUAACUCUUGCCUUCUGCUAUCCAUAUUUAAGGUUUUGACUGAUCUGUCAGAGGGAGGUCGCAAUAGGACAAGUAGUGUAGUCGGAGGUUCCUUCCACCCAGACUUGGUACAAGAGUUCAACCCGAACAUACAGCUAGACAAUCUCAAACAAGAUGAACACAUGGUGAAGAUGGGCCGACGAACAUUUACCAACUCUCCUCCUCAUAUCAACUCUCCAGCUCAUUCCAUUCAGCUGGCAGCCAAGAUGGUGGUGAUGCACCUGUUGAACCACCUAGGCCACUUCCCUCUGGCCAUCGGAGCUGCUCGGCUCAGCUCUCUGGUGGUGGAGCAUGAUGACGUGCCAGCCAUGGCUGCUGAUCAACUGUCUGCUCAGGUCUUCUCUGCCCCCAACAUACAGCUGUUUGUGUUGAGCACCAACCUGUUGAUGUCUCUGGUACAACUUCCCACUCUGGAGGUGCCAGGAGGAGGAGUGACAGCAGGACUGGUCACUGCCACUUCCCAGGUCAGAGUCAUCCUGAGAGACCUUGCGGGCAAGGCCUCCUGGGACGCCUCCAUCCUCUACUGCACUCCCGAACAGUUGAAACUAUCUGGUGAAGACCUGGUGUUGGAGACAUGGAGCCAGGAGAGGACACUAGAAGAGACCAUGUUGAACUCUUGUGUAAUGGCUCCAUCUGUGCCUCAACACACUUUGAGACACAGACUGCCCAGUGUGCUGCCUACUUAUGAGAACUCUGCUGAUGAUUUGGACAACCUGGAUGAUUUGCUGCAGUACAUCGGAGAGACUAGCCCAGAGUGUCUGGAGAGUUUAGAAACUCCUCGCAACAUACCAGCUCCUCCCCCCCACCCACAUCCUGAGCUGGAGCAGGAGGCAAUGGGCUCUGUGGUAGGCCAACGGUUCCUGGAGCAAGACUACGUCUCUCGUAGCGACAACUUGCCCUUAAUGCAGGCUGAGAGAUGUAGAAGGCUGGAGAGUCGUCUGCCCAAGUCUCCGUUCCAACACUGCCGCUUGCUGUUCUCUCAACUGGGCUUGGCAGGCUGGGAGCGUCGAGCACAACUGUACUUGCUGGAGAAGAGUGAAAAAUUGCUUAGAGAGCUAAGGAAUCUUGAUACCCAAAGGUGUCGGGAAACCCACAAAAUUGCUGUCAUCUACAUAGCUCCUGGCCAGGAGGAUAAAAACUCUAUAUUGAGUAAUACUGGAGGCAGUCAAGCAUAUGAGGACUUCAUAGCUGCUCUUGCGUGGGAGGUGGAGUUGGAGUCGCAUACUGGUUUCAUGGGAGGUCUUCAAAGGAACAAGACCACAGGCUCCACUGCUCCGUAUUAUGCAACAUCUUUCACAGAAGUUAUAUUCCAUGUCUCCACUCGGAUGCCUUCAUCUAACCACGAAGCCCUCCUACAAAAGACAAGACACCUGGGCAACGAUGAGGUACACAUUGUUUGGUCGGAACACUCAAGAGACUACCGCAGAGGCAUCAUACCCACAGAGUUCUGUGAUGUGCUGAUAGUGGUGUACCCUCGGCCUCACAGGAUGUUCAGAGUACAAGUGUCACGCAAGCCUGAGGUUCCUUACUUUGGACCUCUCUUCAACGAGGUGGUUGUGUCAGAACACGCCCUAGCAGGUCUGGUCCGUGCCACUGCUAUCAGUGCCUCCCGGGCAAAGCGCAGCGAUAUACCUUUUCAUCAGCAUUAUUAUGAGGAACGUUCUCGCUCAUUAGAAACGGUGAUGAAGAACCACAAGAACUCCACAACGUUCGAGGAGUUUGCUGCUCAGGUGUAUUCUCCCAUUCAGACCCCAUCACCAUUCUGUCCUGGGCCUACACGAGCUUCAGGUUUGAGCAUGCGCACUGUAGAGCAGCAGAUACCUUCGUCUAACAGUUCUAACCUGGCUGCUGCUUUGAUAGACUCCCAUCCUCGGGGACCUACGGAGCCAUACAGGAUGAAAGGCUUGGAAGGAGCCAAGGUGUGGUUCGCCGGAGGAGAUGGUGACCACUCUCAUCAACAUGGCAUCUCUCCUCGGCCACUCAAGAAGCUGGUGUUGAAGAGUGGAGUAAAGCGUCACCCCCUCACUCCUCCUGAUAGUCCUACGUCCCGCAGGUCAAAGUAACCAAACAUACUCUACUAAGUCGAAAAGUAUUUGGAAAAUAGUUUAGUAUUUUCAUCUCAUAAGAAAUAUAUAAAUAUUUUAUUUAUAUAGAACUUAGAACUAUAUAGUACAGUAUUACACUUAACGUUGAAAAAUACACAAUCAUUUAAUUAUUUAUAAUGAGUAGUCACUAUGUUAUUUUUGAGUAUAUUUAGUACUUUUUGUUAUUUUUGCCACACAGGUAUUAGCCAACAGCUUUAAACUAUGUCUUGAUGUAAUACAUCUCAGAUGUUUUAGUUUUGUGUUUCAACACUCAAUUGUGAGCAUUUAAUAACCUUAUCUGAAACAAAAAUAAUCGUGUUGGGUAGACUUAUGAUAAAGAUAUACCGUACUAUUCUUUUAACUUAAACAACAAAACACAUUUCAAAAAUCUUGCUAAUAAAUUAUAACUUCCACUUUGAAUAAAUAACAUUAAACUUAGUACUAAUUCUCCAUUAUGACAGUUCAGUGUUACUUGGAUGAGUAAGAUCCCAAGAAGAUCAGAAAAGUUAAACUCUUUGAAUAUUUGAAAUACUGAUCUUAGUGAUCUUUGAACUAAGUUUCCACUUUCAAUAACGGGUUUAUAGUUGUUCCAACAUAAAAUGAGGUAGUGACAACACUAUAAAAUUAAAAAGAACAAUACAGUUUUUCUAUCAAUAAUGAAUUGCCGCUGUAGCGAUUGUAAUGGCAUGUCUUAAAUAGGUAAUAAACAUCAGGGAAAAUAUUUGUUCUGUGGUUUAAGAAAGUGUGUCUAAUUUUAUAGACAGAGAACAGUUCAGUGAGGGUAACUUAAUAACUUAAUUAUUUUAUUUUCGAAUAUUAUCUAAGUUGACCCCUUUACAUUAUUUAAAAUAAAACGUUUUAGAACAUACUUGUAGAGUGGAAGUUAGUUGUUAAUUUUCCAAAAUAUUACUGUUAUAAUGUUUUUGUUUAUUCUCUUAGAAUACCUAACAUAAACCUAAUACUAGUCUUGCCGCAGUGAUAAGGAGUACUUAAGCAAGUAUUACCACAGUUGUAUUAAUAAAGUGGAUACAAAUUAAUCAUCUUUUUAAAUAAUGAAAUAGGCUAAUCAAUGCAGUAUUCCAUGAAAAAUUUUGUUUAAUGAAUUAAUGGUGCGUAAUAAUAAUAAUGCCAAGCUAAUUCUUGGUUCCUGAAUGUGGUUUGUUAUUUUACUUUAUUGUUAUUAUUGGGAAAGUCCUGUUUAUUCUCACAGUAUUAUGGCUGUAUAAAAUAAAGUUAAGGGAUAUUUUUUAUAUCUAUUGGGUAUAUUAUUAUUGCAUCAGCUUAUUUUUUUAAGUUAUUAUUUGGCCUUAGGUGUUAUAUACAUUGUAGAGAGAUCAGCGAGAGCCUGGAACAUGGCUAGUUCUCAACAUUUGUUGUGGCAGGGAUGUAGCAUGCUCAGGCUCUUUUUUUUGGAAUGGUUGGGUUUAAAACUCCCUCUGGCCAAUUAUUGAAUCCUUAGACAUUUCAACUAACUUUGGUAUCGAUGUCACAUAAAGAAGAUCCUUUCAAUCAGCACAAAAUCUACCUAGCUACCACAUUAUUGAUGUAGGUGUAAAUUUAAAAUAAUAUCCCCUUGUUAAUAUUCAAGUUUGAUAAGAUUAGUUUUAAUUGAAGUUUAAAGAAAAUUUGGUAUGUCAUAUUUUGAUCUUUGAAAAUGUUUAAUUCCUCACCCAGUACUUAGCGAUAUAUUGGAAAUUGAAAGCAUUUUUAAAAAGGUAUGUGUACAAUUUAUCAAUAUACAGUUUACUUUUACGGUGAGCUAUCAUUCUUCUUGCUAGAUGACUUUUAGAAGUUUUUCUCACCAAAGAAUGCAAAGGAGUUAAUUGGAGGCUAUACUAGUAGGAAACAAUCAGUGACCUGGUCAAGUUUGGGCUUGGAACUUAUACAUGGCAUAAUUAUUGUUUUUCAUAGUUCUGUUAUUUUUUUUUUUUUUUUUUUUGUAUGUUAUAAACAAAUGUGUUAUAAACCAAGUGUAUUGAAUACAAGAUAUAUUUUUUUGAAGCUGGUCUUCAAAUGGAAGCAGUACAAUCUCAAUAUGUAAUAUUGUAACAUUUGUAACAUUUCUUGACAUUUAAUCUUUAUUAUUAAUCUUAUACUGUCUAACUUAAAAAUAUAAUGUAAAUAAACUAAUGUAUAUAUUUUAGAAAUAGACUUUGUACAGGAACCGUCCAAUAAAUUGUUUGUAUAGAUGAAGAGAGAUUAACUUAUUAUGGUGAUGGUAAUAAACAUUAAUGUACAGUAUAUAUAACAUUGUAAUUCCACAAUUACUGCAUUUAUUUGUCAUUAAAUUUUGCAUUCCAGAUUAUGAGAUUUUUGUCAGCUUAUUCUAAACAACAGUUCUGUAAAAAAAUAUACCGGGUGUCCCACGAAGGGGUUUAAACGUUUGAUUUUAUAUUACGCGCCCAUUCAUGCACCGAACUUUUUCAAACUUUACACAGUUUACAAAGUAGGUUCGAAAAAUAUUCUGGAAAAAUUUCAACUCCCUAACCUUAGUAGAAACAAAAUGGUGGCAUAUUGACAAACUUACCUAUGUGCUUUCUAUAAAAACUACUUUCAUAAUUAUUAUUAGUUAUUUAUUUAUUAUUAUUAUUUAUUAGAUAUUUGAUUUAUUUAUAGUUUUCCAUUAGGCUAUGUUCUAUUUUUUUUUUAUUUAAAAGUCAUAUUGCCCUGGAAAGUAACAAUAAAAAUAUUUUAUAAAACCAAAAAUACCUUUUUAAUGUUUUUAAAGUAUUGUUUUUCAAUAUGCCGCCAUUUUGUUUCUACUAAGGUUAGGGAGUUGAAAUUUUUCCAGAAUAUUUUUAGAACCUACUUUGUAAACUGUGUAAAGUUUAAAAAAGUUCGGUGCAUGAAUGGGCGCGUAAUAUAAAAUCAAACGUUUAAACCCCUUCGUGGGACACCCUAUAUAAAAAAGUAAGUGGGAACUAGUUAUUUUUUAUAUUUGUUAACAUCCUACUGAUUAAUGACAAUAUUGAACAAUUUGUUUGCCAAAGCUGUGUUGACACUUUAUUUAUUUUAACUUAACAGGUAAUUUAUUUAGUUAAUUAUCCUAGUUGGUUUUAUUGUUGCACAUUUAUUUUUGAUGCUUAUACAAAUCAAAAUAGCACUAAAAUAACGUAUUCUAACCACUCACUGGGUUGAAGCAUUUACACUCUGUAUAGUCAAUGGUUUAAGGAAAAGUUGGAAAAUGCAUUUUGAUUUUGUUGUUGCAGUAUUAUAUUUAGUAUUGUCAAGCUAUUAUUAAAAAGUGGAUGACCUUUCAAAAUUAUAAUUAUAAAUUACCAUUCAGGGGUCAGUUUCUGGUUUUAUAUCUACGUCGCUGUCAGCUAAACUUUCAACUAAGAACUGACAUAGUUUGAAAUUUUCACUUGGUGCUACAUGUCACAAAAAUAUUUUACUUUUAAACCUCAGAUCUAUUGCUUGAAAGAUAACAUUUUUUAGGAUACAGUUUAUUAUUUGUACAACCGAAUAGGUACUGCCAGUCUCUGCUUUAUGGUCUGAUGAUUAUGGUUGACUAGAAUACCUUAACGAUAAAGUAGUAACAUAAUAUUCAAUUCAAUUCAAACAUUCUUUAUUUCGUAAUUGUACAUGAAAUUAGUACAUAGAAUUGCGUCAAAAAUAUUUUCAUAAGACUACAUUAAAAACUAAACAUACUAAAAUUCUUCCAAUAAAUACAGUGGUCUUGAAAUUAAAUAAUUCUUUAGAAAUUUUUCAAACUAAAUAAUACUAACCUCUUUUUUAAUGUUUUUGGGUAAAUUAUUAUACAAUUUUCCUCUAUUAAACUAUUAAUUAUUAAACUAUAAAACUAUUAAAUACUCUGUACAAGCUUAGUUUGUGAAUAGGCAUUGAUAUGUUUUGCCUGUUUCUAGUAUUGUAAGAAUGACUUUCCCCUAGUAAGCCCAAUUGAUCAAAGUGAAGCUUACAAUUCAUGAUCACUUCAUAAAUGUACAAACUAUAAACAGUCAUGAUGCCAAAACUUUUGAAAUGCUCUUUGAGAGUAUCUCGCCAUUUUAUAUUACUCAUUAUUCAUAAAGCUCUUUUUUGUAAAAUCAGAAUACGAUCUAAAUUACUUUUAGUCGUUGCUCCAUACUUGCAGAUUCCAAAAUUGAUGUUUGUAUUGCAUGUAUGUAU